CUCUAGGGAAGGAACUUUUUUGUCGCAAGUAUAAAUAGCUUGUGUGUUUACAGUUAUAGCUAGAUAGAGUCCUUUGUUGUCGUUUCAUGUUGGUGCCAAAAUGUGCGGGCAGUGUAAUAGCAUACGUAUUGUCCCGUAAUUCAACGAAAGGAGUUAUUAAAGUAUACAUUUAGCUUUUUUCCCCCGCCAAGAGGGUAUUUUUUAACCACUUUUGUGUUCACUUGGAACUGAGGAGGACGCUUCAUUCGGAAACCGUCUUAAGGUCAUCUUGUGAUACAGACGUCUCUUUGAAGGCUGUCGCCAUGGUGUUGAUUCUAGGCAGACGGAUGAACAGGGAAGACACUGGCAUCAGGGACUCACCGGCUGUGAAACGCAAGGUGUUUGAAGUUGACUCCAAGACUUUAGCCAGCCAGGAAGUGUUGGACUUCUGCUCAGGCUCCUCCCACUCCGAAGGCAUCCUUCAAGUGUUCAAUGAGUUCCGCGAUUGCCGCCUGUUCACGGACGUGGUCAUCAGCGUCCAGGGUCGCGAGUUCCCCUGCCACAGGGCCGUGCUGUCUGCGUGCUCUUCCUAUUUCAGAGCUAUGUUCUGCAACGAUCACCGCGAAAGCCGCGAGAUGUUAGUGGAGAUCAACGGCAUUCUAGCCGAAGCCAUGGAAUCCUUCCUCGCGUACGUUUACACCGGCCGCGCCAAGAUCACCACAGAGAACGUCCAGUUCCUCUUCGAGACCUCUAGUCUAUUUCAAAUUGCCACGUUACGCGACGCCUGCGCAAAGUUUCUGGAGGACCAGCUGGACCCGUGCAACUGCUUGGGCAUCCAGCGCUUCGCCGAUGCUCACUCGCUCAAGCAGCUCGCCAGUCGCUGCCGCAGUUAUGCUUUGGCUAAUUUCUCAGAGGUUGCUCAACAUGAGGAGUUCCUCGACCUUCGUAGGGAAGAGCUGGAAGAGUACAUCGACAGCGACGAGCUGUCCAUCGGGAAAGAGGAGGUUGUGUUCGAGGCGGUGAUGCGCUGGGUGUACUACGGCGUGGAGCAACGAAAACCCUUGCUGAAGGCCCUGCUGCACCACGUGCGCCUGCCGCUUCUUCACCCUAACUACUUCGUCCAGACAGUGGAGGGAGAUCAGCUCAUUCAGAAUGCACCAGAGUGCUAUCAUCUCCUCCACGAGGCCAGGCGCUACCAUGUACUUGGAAAUGAGAUGAUGUCACCAAGAACCCGGCCACGCAGGUCGACUGGCUACUCUGAGGUGAUUGUGGUUGUGGGUGGUUGCGAGAGAGUCGGUGGCUUCAACUUGCCCUACACAGAGUGCUAUGACCCAGUGACCGGAGAGUGGAAGUCACUGGCCAAACUGCCCGAGUUCACAAAGUCAGAGUAUGCAGUGUGUGCCCUCCGCAAUGACAUUCUGGUGUCAGGUGGUCGCAUCAACAGCAGGGACGUGUGGAUGUAUAACUCACAGCUCAACUUGUGGAUCAGAGUGGCUUCAUUGAAUAAAGGUCGAUGGAGGCACAAGAUGGGUGUCCUGCUAGGCAAGGUCUACGCUGUGGGUGGCUACGAUGGGCAGAGCCGCCUGAGCAGCGUGGAGUGUUACGACUCCUUCUCUAACCGCUGGACAGAGGUGGCGCCCUUGAAGGAGGCGGUCAGCUCUCCGGCCGUGGCCAGCUGUGCUGGCAAACUCUUUGUCAUAGGAGGAGGCCCUGACGAUAAUACCUGUUCAGACAAGGUCCAGUGCUACGAUCCAGAGUCAGACACUUGGUUACUCCGUGCCAAUAUCCCCAUCGCCAAGCGCUGCAUCACCGCCGUGUCGCUCAACAACCUCGUUUACGUGUGCGGCGGUCUCACCAGGUCGGUAUUCUGCUACGACCCUGUGGAGGACUACUGGAUGCAUGUGGUGCACACGUUUGCAAAACAGGAGAGCUGCGGUAUGUCAGUGUGCAACGGUAAGAUCUUCAUCCUGGGCGGCCGGGGCGAAAACGGCGAAGCCACGGAUACCAUCAUGUGUUACGACCCGGCGACGGGCAUCAUCACAGGCGUGGCCGCUAUGCCGCGUUGCAUCUCCUACCACGGCUGCGUGACCAUACAUCGCUUCAAUGACAAGUACCACAGGCCGUGACCAGUUACACAUAUGCACUUAUAGUGUUUAAGUGCAUACACACUUUAUCAGAUUACACGUGUUGCUCAGUUAAUUUAUUUUCUCACGGCAUCAUGUAGCAACACUCGUUGUGGUGCUGUGAAUUUUUAGCUUUAAAAGUGGAAAUGCUUUGUAUUUAGUCAGAUUAGUGGCAAAAUACAUAAUGAAAAGUCCAAUUAGUUAUUAAUGCCAAGAUAAGACAACUAUAUUUCAUAUGCAGGGGUUCACACAUAUUACUUUGCACUUCCGUUAUUCGCUUUAGUAAUUUUAAGUAAUCCAUGGCAAGUUUCCCGAAACAGGAUUUUUUUCUUGACAAAGAACAAGCUAGCACCAUGACAGAUCCUGUGCAGUUUUGACUGUCCCCCCCUGUAGUUUGCCUAUUGGGGGUCAAAUAGUUUGGACGUACUUUUGUGUCGUCUUCAAAAAUGUGAAAACUCAGUGGUUGCAUUUGAGAGCAAUAGACGUCCAAUCCAUUUGAACAGGGAGGGUUGGCAGCGAAUGAACGAAUGUUCGUUUAUUUGUGAUAAACUCAUUUCAAUUCACGGCAGAAUCAUGAAAAAGCAUUUCAGCACCCCUACCAACAUGGUGUCAGAGCAGCCAUGUUGGUAGGGGCAACGUUUCCAUCAAAAUCAAUGCCUUGACAUUUAAAUGAAGUCAUAACUCUCAUUUGGUCUUAUCUGACCAAAGCACACGGUCCCAGUUGAAGCCUGGGACCGUGUGCUUUGGUCAGACGAGACCAAGAUUGAUCUUUUUGGCAACAAACACUCUAAGUGGGUCUGGCAUGCCACAAAAGAUGCGCAUGCUAAAAAAAGCACCUCAUACCCACUGUGAAGUAUGGGCGUGGGUCAGUAAUGCUGUGAGGCUGUUUCGCUUCCAAAGGCCCUGGGAACCUUGUUAAGGUGCAUGGCAUCAUGAACAGUGUUAUUAAUAACGGCAUUAGAAUAUAACGGCGUUACUAACGUCGUUAUUUUUUUCAGUUAUGAGUAAUCUAAUUAAUUACUUUUCUCAUCUUGGCAACGCCGUUACCGUUACUGAGGCGGGAAAGGCGUGCGUUACUAAGUUGGUUGAAUAAAAAGUCUGAGAGAGACGGACUCACGGAGACGAGAGAGCAGAGCAGGAGUGGGGAAGACGCCGUAGCAAACGCGAUGCUAGGUGGCUCCAAUAAUACCUGACUGUAGCCGAUAGCCUACAAACUACGCCCACAUGAUACGGUAGAUAUCACAUAUUAUAAAACUAGAUGCAAAUGACAGAAACGGCUGCAUUGGCAACAUGUUUUAAGGACUACAUGCGUUAGUAAACAGCCGCCAUCUUAAAGCAGUAGACCUCUCAGGAAGGCUCUAUGUAGAGAUCCUUCCUAGCGAACCUAAGCAACUUUUUUUAAAUUUUAUUUUAUUUUAAAAUGCUCCUAAAUGGGCAAAAUAUUGACUUAUAUCUAUCUUUAAAUGAUGAAACAGUUUUAAAACUUACCCUUGUUGAUUGUUGAACGUAGACAGAAGGGAACUAAUGCAAUAACGGGAGCAAUUUUAACAACUUUAACGGUUGAUUCACAACUUCAAAUGACUUCCACACAAAGCAAAGGUUACUAUCUAGUUAUCGCAAUACCCUUGUGUCUAGUUAAGUGGAGGAUAAAGAAUUGGGCUAGGGCCAAUUGUCCCCAAAACCCUUUAAACUUCACAUUCUGUGACUUUUUUUUUUUUUUUUUUUUUUUUUUUUUUUGAGAAAAAAAAAACAUGAAAAUUAUCACUAGUUACUUUACCAAGUAACUAAUUACUCUUACAGUCAGGUAACUGAGUUACUAACAUAAUUACUUUUUGGGAGAAGUAAUUUGUAACUGUAAUUAAUUACUUUUUUAAAAUUAACAACACUGAUCAUGAAUGCUUUGAAAUACCAGGACAUUUUAAAUCAAAAUCUGUUGCCCUCUGCCCGAAAGCUGAAGAUGGGUCGUCAGUGGGUCUUUCAGCAAGACAAUGACCCUAAACAUAUGGCCAAAUCUACACAGAAAUGGUUCACCAGACACAAAGUCAAGCUCCUCCCAUCCUCCCAUCUCAGUCCCCAGACCUUGUUUUGUUGGCAAAAGGGGCUUGUACAAAGUAUUAACACCAGGGGUGCUAAUAAUUGUGACACACAUUAUUUGAUGUCAAUUAAUUAUUUCUUUAUGUGGGAUUUUUUCCCCACUGAAUAAAUGCACUUGUAUUGACGGUUGGAUUUUUCUCUUUUUUUCCGUUAAGGUCCCAUAUUAUUUGAAUUUUUAAAAAAAUAUUAGAAGCUAAAAAAAUCUUAACUAGGGGUUCCAAUAAUUAUGGAGGGCACUGUAAAUGCCCAGAAAAGACUAGCUUUGAAUGCUCUGGUUUCAGUGCCAUUGACGGCGCUAGACGUCCAAUCCAGUCAAAAUUAUUUGGAUGUCAAUGGCUGUCAGUGGGCAGCACGGUGGCUUAGUGGUUAGCACGUCUGCCUCACAGUUCUGAGAUCAAGGGUUCAAUCCCGGGCUCCGGCCUUCCUGUAUGGAGUUUGCAUGUUCUCCCCGUGCCUGCGUGGGUUUCCUCCGGGAACUCCGGUUUCCUCCCACAUCCCAAAAAACAUGCAUGGUAGGCUGAUUGAACACUCUAAAAUUGUCCGUAGGUAUGAGUGUGUGCGUGAAUGGUUGUAUGUCUCCUUGUGCCCUGCGAUUGGCUGGCAACCAGUUCAGGGUGUCCCCUGCCUACUGCCCGUAGUUGGCUGGGAUAGGCUCCAGCACCUCCGCGACCCUCGUGAGGAAAAGCGGCAUGGAAAAUGAAUGAAUGGCUGUCAGUGAGCUAUCAUAGACACUACACUGAUUGAAGAUUUUGGUAGCACCCUGUUUGGUAGCAACAGUCAAACUACAAAAAAAAAAAAAAUAUAUAUAUAUAUAUAUAUAUAUAUAUAUAUAUAUAUAUAUCGAUUCUUCACUGGAGCAUUUCGAUAACCUUUUGGGCUACAAAGUAUUGCGAUAUAUCACCUUUUCGAUAUAUUGUCACAUCCCUAAUUUCCGUAGAUACCAUUGAUUGCAUUAGGUGAUGUGUGGACAGCCAUUCUUCUUCUCAAUUUGCCCCAAAUUGCAUUUGGGAACAGAAAAUCUUUGAAAAACAUUGCUCUGAUUUAAUUGGUGGGCCCUGGGAAAGAGGAAACCCUCAGCUUCUAAAUGCUAUAGUCUCACGUCCGCCUGAACGAUACGGGAAAUGAAAUCGAAAAAAGGAAGUGUAUUGUGUGUACGUCCUGCAUAUGCAAUAUUUUGGCCAAGCACACUCCUUUGAUAAUUGCUACACAAUUGAUCUUUUAUGACCAAAACAUAUAUAGAAAUGCUGUAUAUGUACAAAUGUUGGAACCGUUUUGAAUUGAUUUUUGACGAGUUUAACAGCUUUUUAAUGGUCUUUUAUUGGAUAAUGGAAGCAAAAAGUAGAUCAAUGUGUUGUCCAGUUUCUCUAAUGUAUUUUUAAUCUUAAAAAAAAAAAAAAAAAAAUU